UGUCCGAUCAGUAGAAAGCAAAUCACAAUGGCAGAAGUCGCCCCAGCACCUCCUCCCGCUAAAGCCAUGAAGAAGAAGGCUGUUAGGCCAAAGCAAACAGGACCAAGUGUCGGCGAACUGAUCGUGAAAUCUAUUUCUGCAUCCAAGGAGAGGAAAGGAGUUUCUCUUGCAGCUCUGAAAAAGGAUCUGGCUGCCGGCGGAUACGACGUAGAAAAGAAAAAUGCUCGUGUCAAGUUGGCCAUCAAGAGUCUAGUUGCUAAGGGAACACUGGUUCAACUUAAAGGCACUGGUGCGACUGGCUCCUUCAAGCUGAACAAGACACAAGCCGAGGCACAGAAGAAGACUGUGAAGAAAGCCGCUCCUAAAGCGAAGAAACCUGCAGCAAAGAAGCCUGCUGCAGCAAAGAAACCCGCUGCAGCAAAGAAACCCAAGAAGGUAGCGGUGGCUAAAAAGCCAGCGGUGGCUAAGAAGUCUCCGAAGAAAGCCAAGAAGCCAGCCACCCUUAAGAAGGCCACAAAGAGUCCCAAGAAGGCUACAAAACCCGCAGCUCCCAAGAAGGCAGCCAAGAGCCCGAAGAAGGCCAAGGCUGCUAAGCCCAAAGCAGUAGCGAAGCCUGAGGCGGCUAAACCUAAGAGGGCUGCCCCUAAGCAGAGUUUAUGAUGAG